CUUGGCGACGGGCCGCAACAGGACAUGUCUCCUCCAUGCAAUCCCCGAAUAGUGGGUUUGCACUGCAGGUCGCGACGAGGACAGCUCGCCCGACGCUCUCUCGACCUUCACGACGUCCGGACCACUCGCUGUCGAAUACGCCCGACGUACUGCACAUCCAGCACACCACACCGCCCGUUGUACGGAAGCAGACCGACUGAUUGUCGGCCGGGACUACUUCGGAAGGAGAGACGGGUGCGGACCGUCUGCAAGCUUAGCGUUCAGCUGUCCAGCAUGACCCAGCCGUGCCUUCGAGCUAUAAAACAUGGCAGGGCAGCCCCAGGAACCUCAUAUCAUUCACGAUGGCAUACCUCAAGGUCUCCGGGACGAAGCUCGUCGACCAGAACGGCAAGGAGAUCAUCCUGCGCGGAACGGCCAUCGGAGGAUGGAUGAACAUGGAGAACUUCAUCUCCGGAUACCCUGGCUGCGAGUUUCAGAUCCGCGCUGCCCUGGCGGAGGUUGUGGGCAACGAAAAGUCCGAGUUCUUCUUUGACAAGUUCCUAGAGUACUUCUUCUCCGAAGCGGAUGCGAAGUUCUUUGCCAGCCUCGGCCUCAACUGCAUUCGGAUUCCAUUCAACUACAGGCACUUCGAAGAUGACAUGAAUCCCCGCGUGCUCAAAAAGGAGGGCUUCAAGCACCUCGAUCGCGUCAUCGACCUUCUUGCAAAGUACGGCAUCUACACCAUUCUCGACCUGCACACGGCGCCCGGUGGCCAGAACACCGACUGGCACUCGGACGCUGGCACGCACAUCGCCAAAUUCUGGGAGCACAAGGACUUCCAGGACCGCACUGUCUGGCUGUGGGAGGAGCUCGCGAAACACUACGUCGGGAACACCUGGAUUGCGGGCUACAACCCGCUCAACGAGCCCACGGACCCGUACCACACCCGCAUCGUGGACUUCUACGACCGCGUGUACACCGCGAUCCGCGCGAUCGACCCGCACCACGCGCUCUUCUUCGACGGCAACACGUUCGCGUCCGACUUCUCGCACUUUGGCGACGCGCACAAGCGUUGGGACAACUCCGCGUACUCGAUCCACGAUUACACCCUGUUCGGGUUCCCGAGCUCGCCGGAGAAGUACGUAGGCAGCGAGGCGCAACAGCGGCGGCUGCGCAGGAGUUACGAGAAGAAGCGCGAGUGGAUGGACGCGCGGGGUCUGUGCGUCUGGAACGGCGAGUGGGGUCCCGUGUACGCGCGCAAGCAGUACGAAGGCGAGCUCACGGACCAAAUCAAUGAGGAGCGGUAUCACGUACUCAAAGACCAACUGAGCAUCUACAACAAGGAUCGGCUGAGUUGGUCCAUCUGGCUGUACAAGGACAUCGGCUUCCAGGGCAUGGUCUACGUCAACCUUGACACGCCGUACAUGACGCUCUUCAAGGACUUCCUCGCGCAGAAGCACCGUCUCGCGAUCGACGCAUGGGGCGCGGACGAGACACACGUACGGCCGGUGUACCAGCCGCUCAUCGACCUCCUCCAGAAGGAGAUCCCGGCGGAGCACCAGAACCUGUACCCGUUCCCGGUGUGGAAGCUGUCGGACCGCGUCGGCCGCCUGGCGCGCAACGUCCUCGUCGCGGAGUUCCUCGUGCGCCCGUGGGCAGAGCACUUCCGCGGGAAGAGCCUCGAGGAGCUUGAUGCGAUUGCGAAGAGCUUCAGCUUUGAGAAUUGCGUGCACCGCGAUGGGCUGAACAAAAUCUUGACGGAUAACGCAAAGCUAGUCGCAGAGUAACGAUUAUUAGAGAUUGCUUAGAGAUGAUGUGAAUUUAUUGUAUAGUACGUUUUGUUGCGUGAUCUACACGUCUGUUGGACCUGCGGGGUCGUAUCUGCACCAUGCAAGAUA